ACCCUAAGCCUCCAGGUGUUUGUUGCUGGGGAAGGAAGAAGCCCCGCCUCCCCCUCAUCUAACCGAAUCAUAAUAAUCCCUGCAUGUGAUGUUAUGGUCGCGAGGCAAACCCUCACCCGGCAGCCAAUCAGAUAACUUGGCACCGGGACGGACGAAGGUAUCAGACAUAGACCAACUGACAGCGUCUGAUUCCCGGGGAAGAGCAUCACGGAGGCUCCGGGAAAACACACCCAGCCCCAGAUUCAAGAUGCCGAACAAAACCAAGAAGGACAAGGAAACAAACAAAUCUGCCAAAAGCACGAAGAGCAACAGCAACACGAGUUGUGGGAUAGAUCAUGCCACAGACAGUACAGAUGAGGUGCAGCAGAGCGGCAGUAAACGUCCCAGUAACAGCACGCCUCCUCCCACGCAGCUCAACAAGAUCAAAUAUUCAGGAGGUGCUCAGCUGGUGAAGAGGGAACGUCGUCAGAGCUCGUCACGCUUCAGCCUCACGAAGAACCGAGAGCUCCAGAAGCUCCCUGCGCUCAAAGAUGCACCCCCGGUGGAGUGUGAGGAGCUGUUUGUGCAGAAGCUGCGUCAGUGCUGCGUCCUGUUUGAUUUCAUCAUCGACCCACUCAGUGACCUCAAAUACAAAGAGGUGAAGAGGGCGGGGCUCAACGAGAUGGUGGAGCACAUCACACACAACAGUGACGUGGUGACCGAGGUCAUCUACCCCGAGGCCGUCGUCAUGUUUUCAGUGAACUUGUUCCGGGCUCUUCCUCCGUCAUCAAACCCGACCGGAGCGGAGUUCGAUCCCGAGGAGGACGAACCCACGCUGGAGGCUGCCUGGCCUCACCUGCAGCUCGUAUAUGAGUUCUUCCUUCGAUUUCUGGAGUCUACAGAUUUUCAGCCAAACAUCGCCAAAAAAUACAUCGACCAGAAGUUUGUUUUGUCGCUUCUGGAGCUGUUUGACAGCGAGGACCCCAGAGAGAGAGACUUUCUGAAGACCAUCCUCCACCGUAUCUACGGCAAGUUCCUCGGCCUCCGAGCCUACAUCCGCCGCCAGAUCAACAACAUCUUCUACAGAUUUAUUUAUGAGACCGAACAUCACAACGGAAUCGCUGAGCUGCUGGAGAUACUGGGCAGUAUUAUCAAUGGCUUCGCUCUACCGUUGAAAGAAGAACACAAGAUGUUUCUGAUUCGAGUUUUGUUGCCCCUUCACAAAGUGAAGUCUCUGAGCGUCUACCAUCCUCAGGUCAGGCCUCACAUUGUCUGUGACAUCAUCAGUGAUGUCCUCAGGACUGGAUGUAACCAUGUGAGUGUCUCUCCUCAGCUGGCGUACUGUGUGGUCCAGUUCCUGGAGAAGGACAGCAGCCUCACCGAACCGGUGAUCAUGGGUCUGCUGAAGUUCUGGCCAAAGACUCACAGUCCAAAGGAGGUGAUGUUCCUGAACGAACUGGAGGAGAUCCUGGACGUCAUUGAGCCGUCAGAGUUUGUCAAAGUCCAGGAGCCGCUCUUCAGACAGCUCGCCAAGUGUGUGUCCAGCCCACACUUCCAGGUGGCAGAGCGAGCGUUGUAUUAUUGGAAUAACGAGUACAUCAUGAGUCUGAUCAGUGACAACGCCACCGUGAUCCUCCCCAUCAUGUUCCCUGCUCUCUACAAGAACUCCAAGAGCCACUGGAACAAGACGAUCCAUGGUCUGAUCUACAACGCUCUGAAACUCUUCAUGGAAAUGAACCAGAAACUGUUUGACGACUGUACACAACAGUACAAGGCUGAGAAACAGAAAGAGAAAUACAAAGUGAAAGAGAGAGAGGAGAUCUGGCACAAGAUCAAAGAGCUGGCCCAACAAAACCCACAGACCAACAAGCUCCACCCUCUCCGCCCUGGACUCCCCCCCCAGGAUGAGUACAUGAUGUACAGUGACAGUACUGUAGCUGUGUACUCGAUGGAAGUAGAAACUCCGACAGUUGAAGACAUUCAGCUGCUGAAGAAGACAGUGGAGAGUGAGGCCUCACAGGGUGUGAAGAAGGACCAGGCUCUGAUGAGGAGAAGGUCUGAACUUCCUCAGGACGUCUUCACCAUCAAAGCUCUGGAGGCUCAUAAGAGAGCAGAGGAGUAUCUGACAGCCAAUCAGGAGGCUCUCUGACCGGGGGGCGGUUUCUUCUUUGCAGCGACCCGCUUCCCUCCCGUCCGUUUCUCAGGGGAGGAAGUUAACGUUGUUGUGGCGACGCUGUUCCAGGGUCAGAUGACGGGGGAGCUGACGCUGCGUUAAAAGAAGAAGAAAAGGCUUCUCACCUCUGCCCCUGGUGGCUGACAACAAGAAGGACAGUUUCAAAACUCCACCCUGUCAUCGCCAUCGCUUCACCUGUCGCAGUGUGAACACCAUCAGGACCCUGAAUGCACCGCCAACAUCUCCCUGAACGCUUCGCUAGCAGGUCCAUGAAACUAGACAGGUCCAGGGAAGGCGGAGUCAGAAGAUGUCAGUUUAACGGUCUGACGAGGAGACAGUGAAUGUAGAUGUCCAAUCAGCUUCCAGUAAAUCCUGGAGGUACAGAAGUUUGACUCCAACAUGAUUUCAUUUCUCUUUCCCUGAUUGCUUGGUUUUAUUUUGUUGAAGUCUCAUCAUCCACUGAACGUUUUUUGCUUUCCUCUGUUAUAACUGUAGAGAUGUAGCCGUUACUCGUCAGGUCAAAGGUCAAACCAAGCGAUGAAUUGUCGAGGCUCUGAGGACAGACUAAAUCCUGACAUGGCCGUUGGACAAAACGAAAGGAACCGUCUGAUUGGUUUGUGAGGACGAAGCAGCUCAGGCUGAAUGGGGGUGAACCAGGUUUCACUUCUGACCUCUGACCUGGAUACCCAGGCUCUGUUUUUUUGCUAACUGCUUUCAGUCUUUAUUUGGAUUCUCCACUAGAGGGCGCAGCCAUGUGGAAGGAACAAGUAGCAUUGCAUGGUUUAACUCCGCCCACAUCACGGCUGCUGAAGCCAAUGACAAUUCAUCAUUUACGUCUUUAAAUGUUCACACAGGACGUCAGAGAUUUCAACCCGCCAAAGUAAAAUGCUGAGCUUGAACAGUUUGCGGCGAAUGUGUGAUCAGACUGGGAUUCCCAUGAUCCUCUGCUGCGACACUUGUGUUUAUUUAUUCUGUGACAUCAGAGACUUUACUGGACUUUAUUUGUGAAAGAUGCAGAUAAACGUUUAUAAUGUUGGAUUGUAAAAAAAGAGAGCAAAGGUCAGAGUGAAAAACUAAAUUUGAAUGUUUUCCAGAGAAAAUAAAUUCAUCUGUCAUUUUUUUGCUCAAAUUCACGAGGUUUGUUUGAUUUGAUGGAAUAUUAUUGUUAAUAACUUAACAUAAAUUUUUCCUUGUGGUUAAAUGGUCAUGUGACCUUCAGGUCAGGACUUCGUCUUUUUCAGGUUUUGUGUGAACUUGUACGUUAAAUGUUGAACGCAAUUUUGUGACAAAUCAAUCUUCUUCCAUGAACUCGGGACGACGCCCCUUCGUCAGACCCGGCCCCUCCCUCACCGUCAUCUGGGAUUGUCCUACAUCGAUCAGCUGUCAUUCAAACCAGUGACCAUUCCUUUGGUGGGAUAGCCCCGCCUCUCUAGUUCUCACUCACUUCUGGACAAAACGGUGAUCACAGCCCUGGACUUAGAAACUUGAUCAUGUUGAGCUCUGUCCACCAGGGGGCAGAACAGGAUGUCUCAGCCUGGCAUCUGCUCUUCUGCCCCCCCCUGCUGGACACAUGAUGAAUGGGUGAGCUCAGUUUUUAUUCCAGGGUUCAGUUUAUUUUUACCUUUCAAUAAGUCCGAACAUCACAUGAGUCAAAGUGUGAUUUUGUACAAAUGUUCAUGUACAGAAGAAAAUAAAAGAAAUAAUGUUU